UCCCUAUUGAGCCAAGGGGGUCUCCCAGCCCUUUUGCUGCCUUUCUUAUGAAAAUGAAUCAGCUUCCUGUCUCCUCAUCUCAAGAUGAGAUCCAUUCCUAAACCAGUAUCACCAGGACUGUGCUUGAUUCCAGCUUGCUUGUGGCUCCAUUAGAUGGCAGCAGGAGCAGAUAUAACUGUUUUAUGCUUUCACCCUUCCCCCUCAAUCUUUCGACUGUGUUUGCUGAAUCAUCAUGAUUAAACGAAUGAGGUUGGAGAAAAUCAAGCUUUUGCUCAACACCCCAGCUUGGGCUGCUGCUUCCACGACCCAUGGAAACUUGGGCCGAACCUGCGGGAUAUAACUUGCUGCUCAGCUGCUGGCUGUAGAAGCAUGAUUUUGUCUACUCUUUUUAUGCUGUCUUUAUUGGCAUGAGGUGAUCCAGGAAAUUCAAGUUCUUCUGAGUGCUGGGUUCAGUAGAUUUUAUCUUGAAGUUCUGCCAUCCACAAUGGGAUCCAAACUCUCCGUGGAUGACUCUGUGUGCGUGGUGAUCGUUGGAGGUGGUUUCGGGGGAAUUGCAGCUGCCAGCCAGCUAAAGUCCUGGGGAAUCCCCUUCGUUCUUGUGGAUAUGAGAGAUGCUUUCCACCACAAUGUUGCUGCCCUCCGAGCCUCUGUAGAGAGUGGAUUUGCCAAGAAGACUUUCAUUUCUUAUUCUGUGAGCUUUGGAAGUAGCUUUCGACAAGCCAAGGUGGUUGGGAUAGACCUAGAAAAAACCCAAGUUUUGUUGAAUGAUGAUAAAGAGAUUUCCUAUUCCCAUCUCAUUCUUGCUACAGGCAGCGAUGGGCCUUUCCCUGGGAAGUUUAACCAGAUUAUUGACAUGGAAACUGCCAUUCAUACCUAUGAAGACAUGGUCAAAGAGAUCCAGAAAUCUUCACGUAUCGUGGUAGUGGGAGGUGGUGCUGCUGGAGUAGAGAUGGCAGCAGAGAUCAAAACAGAAUACCCAGCCAAAGAGAUCACUCUCAUUCAUUCAAAAAUGGCACUUGCUGAUGUAGAACUUCUACCAUGUGUCCGGCAGGAGGUGAAAGAGAUUCUCCUUAGAAAGGGAGUACAUCUCUUGUUAAGUGAAAGUGUCAGCAACCUGCAGAUGCUGACAUUAAAUCAGUUCCAGGAAGAUAUGGUAGUAAAGACGGAUAAGGGCACAGAGAUUGCUGCUGACCUGGUGAUUCUCUGCACUGGGAUAAAGAUCAAUUCAUCAGCAUAUAGCACUGCAUUCAAGGACAAGAUGGCAAGUAACGGUGCUUUAAAAGUUAACAAGCACCUUCAGGUGGAAGGCUAUGAUAGCAUCUAUGCGAUUGGUGACUGUGCUGAUGUGAAGGAGCCAAAGAUGGCCUACCAUGCAGGGCUCCAUGCCAGUGUUGUGGUGACCAACAUCAUCAACAGUCUGACACAGAAACCUCUGAAAACCUACCAGCCAGGAUCACUAAGCUUCCUGCUGUCGAUGGGCAGGAACGAUGGGGUAGGCCAGAUUAAUGGAUGCUACGUGGGACGUCUUUUGGUGACUAUUGCCAAGAGCCGGGACCUUUUCAUCUCUAAGAGCUGGAAGACUAUGGGACAAACUAUGCCCUAUUAGUCAAAAGGGACAAUCCUGAAGGGGCAAGGAAAUGCAGCAACUGAUUAAUAGUUGGAAAGCAUUAAAAUGUGCAUCAUUUAAAAAAAUACAUGAACUGCACUGGCAUUGGUGAUGAAUUAAUAU